UGCAGACCCCCAAAGCCACCACGGGUCUGCCGAACGCUUCCUGGAACCGGCCUUGGCAACAGAUUGAAGACGCCCCGCCACCCUAUAUCUUGGCGUGGUGACCUCCGCUAGCCGGUACCAUCCUUCCCAGGGGCGGGGAUCUUGGCGGCCCCGCCCUCUGACCCCUGGCCUGACCCUCCUCCAAAGCGCGCAGAGGCGACUCGGAGUCCCCAGUCCGGGCCCCGCCCCGGCCCGGUCCAGCCCCGCCCGGCGGCAGGUUAAGAGCCCCCCAGAGCCGGGCGCUCCGGACAGACGGUCACCUGUGGGGGGGUGAGCCGAUUUGAUUGUCAUGGCGACGGCGCAGGCGGCCAGAGCCCUGCGGGCCGCCACUGUGAGCAGGAGGCUGCGCGACCCUCGAAGCACUUGGGGUGCCCGGCGGCUGAGUAGCAGCGCGUGGAGGCGGGCGGCGAGGGGCGCUAGCCCCGGGCGCCGGCUCAGCACGGCCCAGGCGCCCGCGCAGCCCCCGCUGGAGGAGGCGGAAGGCGCGGAGGACAACGCCCAGCCUCCCGCCUCCAAGGAGCCGUCGUGGGCGCCAUCCUCCACGCCCUCCAUGCUCCCCGAGUCCCCUGAAACCCCGACUGGCCGCUCGCUGGUGCAGCGGGACAUCCAGACCUUCCUGAACCAGUGCGGGGCCAGCCCGAGGGAGGCGCGCCACUGGCUCACGCAGUUCCAGAGCUACCACUGUUGCGCGGACAAGCCCUUCGCCGUCAUCGAGGACCAGGAAGGGGCGCGGCCGAGCCGGGAGGAGUGCCCAGCCGGGGUGGAUGAGGAGGUGCUCAAGUGCCGGCAGGCCGUGUCCAGCCUGGCCUUCGCCCUGGCCUUCCUGCAGCGCAUGGACAUGAAGCCUCUGGUGGUGCUGGGGCUGCCUGCCCCCACGGCGCCCUCAGGCUGUCUCUCCUUCUGGGAGGCCAAGGCCCAGCUCGCCCAGAGCUGCAAAGUGCUGGUGGAUGCGCUGCGGCACAACGCCGCCACAGCUGUGCCCUUCUUUGGCGGCGGGUCGGUGCUGGGAGCUGCCGAGCCAGCCCCCCAUGCCAGCUAUGGCGGCAUCGUCUCGGUGGAGACGGACUUACUGCAGUGGUGCCUGGAGUCUGGCAGCAUCCCCAUCCUGUGCCCCAUUGGGGAGACGGCCGCGCGCCGCUCCGUGCUCCUCGACUCGCUGGAGGUGACCGCGGCGCUCGCCAAGGCGCUGCAGCCCACAAAAAUCAUCUUCCUCAACGUCACAGGCGGCCUGCGGGACAGCAGCCACAAGGUCCUGAGUAACGUGAAUCUGCCCGCCGACCUGGACCUGGUGACCAACGCCAAGUGGGUGAGCACCAAAGAACGGCAGCAGAUGCGGCUCAUCGUGGACGUCCUCAGCCGCCUGCCCCACCACUCCUCCGCCGUCAUCACGGCCGCCAGCACGCUGCUCACCGAGCUUUUCAGCAACAAGGGGUCCGGGACUCUGUUCAAGAACGCCGAGCGGAUGCUGAGAGUGCGGAGCCUGGACAGCCUAGAGCAGCGCCGCCUGGUGGCCCUGCUCAAUGCCAGCUUCGGCAAGAAGCUUCGGGAGGACUACCUGGCCUCGCUGCGCCCGCGGCUGCACUCCAUCUAUGUCUCUGAGGGGUACAACGCGGCUGCCGUUCUGACCAUGGAGCCGGUGCUGGGGGGCACCCCAUACCUGGACAAGUUCGUGGUGAGCUCCAGCCGCCAGGGCCAGGGAUCCGGCCAGAUGCUGUGGGAGUGCCUGCGGCGAGACCUGCAGACGCUUUUCUGGCGCUCCCGUGUUACCAACCCCAUCAACUCCUGGUACUUCAAGCACUGUGAUGGCAGCUUCUCCAACAAGCAGUGGAUCUUCUUCUGGUUCGGCCUGGCUGAUAUCCGGGACUCCUAUGAGCUGGUCAACCAUGCCAAGGGGCUGCCGGACUCCUUCUGCAAGCCAGCUUCUGAUUCAGGCAGCUGACCUUCACCAUGGGCCCUACAGGCCCUGGGACAGCCAGGGUGGACCAAAAGCCAUGCCUGCUGGGGAAGGCCCCAGGCAGCCACGGGCAGGACCAGGCUUGUUGGCUAAGUAAUCUGCAGAAGAGGAAGCAGUCUCGACGCGACUCUGUCCAGAUGGGGACGCCAAAGGGACAAUGGAAGGAAAAGGGUCAGCCUAAGACCCCUACUUGCCCCAGAGCCACAACCAGCUGGCCUUCAAUAUUCAGCCUAGAGAUUGGGGGGUGGUUGGGAAGUUGCCAAAAAAGGUCUCCACUGAAUGCUUACCAUAAGGGUGGGCUAGUUUCUGUGGCCUCAGUGCUGUGUUUUGAGGCCCCCUUGCCCAAAAUAUCACCCUCCCCACCUGCCUGUUAUUCCACCACUCAUUUAAAUUCCUUUGGGUUUUACAGCUUUUCAGGAGGACUCUAUUAAAACACAGAGCUUUGUCUGAGAA